UAUAUGCCAUGUACGGAUCAAAUUAGUAAAAUCGUGGCUAAGAAUCAGUUUACUAUCGACCUGAUUACCACCUCGCUUCUGGGAGUCCCUGCAGGCACCUAUAUAACCGGUGACAAUAUGUUUAUCGAUGAUACAGAGCGUGACAUUCUCUAUUUGCCUCGUUCAGCGGAUUUUGCCAACUUAUCCCCCGUAGUAGUGGAAAUACAGCACACAGUGACACGUGAGUUUAUGUGCCGAGCUGUCCAAUACUGA